GCUAAUAACACCCAUUGUGCUGGUCGCGCUACUUAUUUUUAACUACCAAGGCUUCCAGCUGCCGUGUUUAGCUGUGCCUUUUGCUAUUCGCAGCAUUCUGGCAUUGCUAAUGAAGCGCAGUCGCUCACAAAGCGCAUAGUAUUAGGCAUUCGGUAUCAUUGAAUGGACCCAAACAUGGUCGGCGGGGCAGCAGCGCAACGAAAACUGGCACUCUCGAGCAUGAAGACCUUGCUUUUCGGCGUGGCCCUUGUAGUGCAAGCAAUGAUUUUGGAGGUCAACUCGCAGCGAUUUGAUGUGAAACAGAAGGGUCUCAGCUUUCCGCCGAGCAAUGCAGACUUCAUCCAGAACGCCGCCUUCACACAGAGGUAUGGCGCUGUGAAGGUUCCCCAGAUGAUGGACUGGCGCGCUAUGCAGGGCAUCCUGAGCCCCCCCGCGGACCAAAACCCGUGCGGCGCCUGUUGGUCUUUCGCAGUGUCACACGCCAUCGAGUCACACGUGAACAUCGCGGUGCAGCAGGCGGGUGGCAUGGGGGUGCGUCUGGCGCCCAUGCAGCCUGUGAUGUGCAGCACCGAGGUGACAGGCAACGCCAGCCAGCCACGCUGCAAGGACGGCUGGGUGGGCAAGGCGUAUCGCUAUGCGGCGCAGCGCGGCCUGGUACCAGACGCCUUCUGGCAGAAAUGGACAGGCAACGCAUAUGUAGAGGCCCAGACCUGUCCGGCACAGGUGCUGUUAAACAGCACGGCCUUCAGUGAUGCCGCAUACCUAAUUCACGACUGGGAGACCGCGCCCUCGACACCUACAGCGCUCAAAAUGGUUGUGGCCAAUCAGCCCGCGGUGGCAUUGGUGCACGCCUCGCCCGACUGGGAGGUCUACACAGGUGGCCUGUUCAACGGCAGCUGCUCGGGCGACCUGGCCGAUGCCAACCACGCAGUGCUGGUGGUGGGCUGGACGGAGGACGCCUGGAUCGUAAAGAACAGCUGGGGCCCAGACUGGGGUGAGGGUGGCUACAUGCGACUGCCGCAGGGCUCAGGAUGUGGCGUCCUCAACAAGGUCACAUACCCCGUAUUCGAUUCAGUGAGUGCUGACCGGCGUGGCGAGGUGCUGCGGGAGGGCUUCUGCGCGGGUGUGGGCAAGGUGGAGAGCACUGGCGCUGAUGCAGCGGUGACGCUACGAUCGCUGGCGACCUCCUUGAACGUCACUUUGGAUGAGCUAAUUCGUGUCAACAGUCACAUCAAGGGCGGUGCCGACACGCCCAUUGAGUCCCAGACCAACUAUUUUAUCCCGCCGUGCACUCGAGAAGUACCGCCGCCGCCAGUGCCCCAGGCCGCCUGCGGUACCACCUACAGCAUCUUCGCCGCAUCCGAGCCCCUAGAUGCCCAGCAGGGCAAACCUGCACAGGAUCCCGUCAGCGGCCGCCGCCGCCUUGCAGCAAUGGCGGCACGUGCGGCCGAACAGACGCACGUGGUCUACGUCCAAGACGGAUUCCAGGUCCAACCAGAUGGCAUGAGCUCUCAGCAGCAUCACUUGCAUCAACGGCGGCGGCAGCAGGAGGAGGCGUUGCUGGAGCGCCUCGCGGCAGCACGCCACCGUGGUGACACCAGUCGCCGGUCCCUGCUAGGUAUCUCGGUAAAUGGUGGGGCUGUUGGCGCUUCAGGCUCAGCGUCAAAGGCGGCCACGCGCCAGCGCACACCGCCCCCUCACCAGCAGCAACGCAUGCCGCCGCCGCGCCGUGGCAUCCCUAGCCCUCGGCAGGAGACAACUGUGAUCUCUCUGUCUCCCCCUCACCUGCCUCCGCCCUCUCUUCCUCCGCCGUCUCCUCCUCCGUCGCCUCCGCCCUCGCCCCCUCCAUCUCCUCCUCCACCUUCUCCACAGCUACUGCUGGACACGCACCUGGAAGCCCCGCCACCGUGGGAGUACGAGGACUCGCCACCUCCCCCGGCCCGGCGCCCGCCACCGCCUGCCCUUUCACCACCUCCGCCAUCCACGCAAAGCGGCUCAUCCCCUCCGACUGACCCUCCAGUCAUCGGCAUGCGGGCGCAGUGCGGCAACGCCGGCUCCACACCCAAGUUCAGUAGCAACGGCGUGUGUGCGGGUAUCUCCUGGACCUGCCCCUGGUUCCAGGCCAGUGGCAGCAUGGAUGUCACCUACCGCGUCAUCCGCCAGGCGCCUGACGGCACCCGCUCGCCCGGAGGUUCCGGCACCGUCACUCUUCGCUGUGCCUCGUCCAGCUAUCGCCUUCCGCUGCUGUAUGUGGAGUUGAGCUCGCCUGUGGUCCUGAGCGGCCUGGGCGCUGACGCCCUUGUCCUGCAGCAGCGCAACGCCAGCUGCGGAGCGGCCUCGCUGACAUGGGUGGACGUGGCGGCCGUGACGGAGGCGGGCCCCAGGAGCUUCCUGUACUUCACGCCGGCGCCCGAGGCGCCCUGUGCAGGCAACGAGGUUGUGUCCGCCGUGGCACGCAGCCCUCCGAUUCAAGCCCCGCCGGCGCCCCCCAGCCCCACGCCCCCGCUACCCCCCAGCCCCACGCCAUCACCACCUCCCAGCCCCACGCCGUCACCACCUCCCAGCCCCACGCCGUCACCACCUCCCAGCCCCAAGCCAUUGCCACCUUCGCUUCCUCGGCCCCCGCCAUCCCCCACCCCGCCCUCGCCUCGCCCAUCACCACCCUCGCCGCCGCCAAGUCCGCCCGUGCCUCCGUCUCCACCGCCGCCCGGUGACAUUGAUGCAAUGUCGCGCCAGUUUCCAACGGAGUACUCGAUCCUGACCACCGGCAUCCCCGACCAUCGCUUCCCUGCGCUCGUCAAUGCCUCGGACCGGCAGCCCACACGGCUGCUGCUGCUCAGCGCUUCCUUCCCUGUCCUCAGCGGCCCGGAUGGAUCGCCGCUCGUGGCCGCUGCACUGCAAGGGCAGGGCAAGGUCCUGGUGAUCGGCGCAAGCUCCGUCCUGUCCGACGUGGGUGAUAGCGGCUGGGCCUGGAGCAGCCGGCGCAGUUUCACGCUCGUGAACAAUGCCCUGGGCUGGCUGGCAGGAUUCGAUCGGCCACUGGCACGCGGCGACGCAUUUCGCAAUGUGGCAUUCUGGAGCACAGGACUGACCACAAGCCAAGCGUCUAGUAUCCGCAACUACCUGCGUGACAACGGCUGGGACCCCAAGGGCACCGCGGCCCUCACCACCAUCCAGACCCGCUACGCCACCCAGGCGCUGCCUACUGCGAGUGGACCGCUGUCGCUGGAGCGCCUUGCGUCUUUUAAAGUGCUUAUCAUGACGUCUGCAGAGCUGCUGUCCUCCAAGUUUUCGGCCGACAUUCGGACGUACGUGCAGCAGGGUGGCUCGCUGCUGGUGCUGCACACCAUCCAAAUCAAGGCCUUUCCAUCGGUGCGACCAGGCAUCACGUUCGCCAACGUCUAUUCCUGCAACCGCCUUCUGGGGCCCAUGGGCCUUGUUAUUACCGGCGCCACAGCUGAGGCCGUCCCAACCUGGCGGCCGGCAGUGCCAGUGCCUGCCACUGCCACCCCCGACAUGCUCCUGGCGGCAAACAGCGAAUACGCUGCUGGCGUGUUGAGUCGCUAUUACGCUGGUCAGGAGCGCCGACUGCCGGUUGAGGCCUACGAGCAAGCUGUGAAAUCCAUGGAGCUUGCCAAGCGCCUCCUGACACCUUCACGGCAGCUCUUUCCCUCCUUCUUCAGCCUGCUGUCGCAAGUGCGGGGCCCGCCGCCGCCGCCCCAGCUGCCGCAGAUCACGGCAUCGAGUGUGCUGGGCUCCGCAGCUGGUGGCGGCGCUGGAUCCACCCGCUUGGGCCCCUUGUACACGUACUGGCUGACUAGCCCCGCCCUGGAGCGCAUUGAGGAGGGGCUGGAGGAGUUCAGCACGGUGUGCCCCGCGGGCAGCCACGUGGUGGGCUUCGAGGGCAUGGCCUGGUCCACGCGCGACGCGCGGCCGUGGGGCGCCACCCGCGGAGGCAUGUUCACCACGGAGUUCAAGUUCCAGUGCAGUGACGGCAGCCUUCAGGAUACAGGCUACGCCACUGCGCCUAAGAAGUACAAGAGCUCCGUGGUGCCGCUACGUUUCCCUGGUCACCAGUCAUACGAGAUGCCUCACCUGGUUGCCAACCCCAUGUUCGGCGUCCCGUGGGUUGAGCCCGCCUGCCCUUCGGGCUAUGAUGCGGUGCGGGCUCGCGCGCACAGCAAUGACGAAGACAACUAUGUCAAGCCCAUCCAGAUGAUGUUCAGGUGCCGCGCCACGGGCUACUGGACGUCGUACACGGCGGGUGUGGGCAUGGUGAACGUGUUCCGCGGGGAGCAGGCCAACGCCCGCUUCCUGGGCUAUGGCCCUGGCUCACUGAGCCGCCGCUCCUGGUACAUGGACCCGGAGGACCCUGUGCCCUACCGGGGGUCGCAGCACCUGCAGCAGAUCCAGGACAUGGUGCAGCUCGAGGACACCCCCGGCGCCGUGGAGUGUCCCGAGGGUCAGGUGGUGGCGGGCAUCACUGGCCUGCGCUGGGUGCCACCCAUCACCGACUUCUCGAGUGCAGAUGAGAGCGACCCGUACCUCUACCCCCGUCUUACGGACAUCACCGACCACGUGACCUCAACCAGCACGGGGUGGUACACCACCCGCUUCUUCCGCCCCGAGCUGUCGGAUGACAUCCGCAUGAAUCCAGGUUACACUGUGGUGCUCAGCGCGCACGAUGUUGUCUGCCGCCCGGCGCCAACAGUAGCUGCAAGUGAUAACAUGGCCAGCAGGAGCAAUGUCGCUGCUGUUGCAGAACACGCAGAAGAGGCCAUCCUGGCCACCCCAUAUGACGGCACCUACCUGUCCUCAGUCUUCCAUGCUGGCGCCAAGCCUGCUGCUGGUGAUGACUCAUCAGCCAACACGACACUGCUGACUUGUGGCGAGGAGAAUAUGGUCAUAGCGAUUAUGGCUGCUUCCGACACAUCAAGUGACCUGAACUACAUUGCAGCUCGAUGCACUGAUGGCACCAAAACAGCUGUGGGCGAGUACUUACCCAGUGGCAGCACCGGCGGCUCAGUAGUGGACAACCCGUGCCGCCUGGGCUACGAUGCAGUCAAGGCAAUUGGCGGUACCGUGGCUGGUGGCAGCGGUGAAAGCGUGGGUGGCUUUGCCCUUCGCUGCGCCAGUCCCCUAACCAGCGACAGCAGCAGCCGCUCUGGCUCCUCAUGGACGCGUUUUGGUGCACCCAUCUUGUCCGAUGUGGGCCCCAACAACGACCAAUAUGCGCUCACGGAGGCCUCAACCAAUGCGGGUGUGGAGGAGUGCCCAGUGGGCCAGCGCAUCUCAACCCUGCGUGUGAUGCAGUACGAGGGAGUUGUCACUGGCAUCGAUUUCUAUUGUGCCCCCAUGCCACCACCACCAAAAGACCAUUCGUUCUAUGACAUUGCCGUAAGGUACGGCAUAACGCUGAGUGACCUAUUUGGCGCCAACCCCCAACUGGACCGCACGAAGCCGGUUCUGGCCUACAAUGGCACAGUCAUCAACAUACCCCAGCUGUGUGGCCUGCCUCCCAUCCAGCCACCCGUGUCCACUAUUGCUGCCUCGUGCCCCCGUUGGUGGCCUUUGCCCAACAUCACCGUCACCGGCGCUGAGACGUGUGGCAUGGUGUCUCAGAGCUUCAAGCUUACCCUGCCCUACCUGAACACCGUCAACGGAAACCGCUGCCCCAAUGCUUCCACGACUCUUACCCGUGGCACACGCCUGUGCAUCGCUCCGCCGGCCAGUGUCAUGUCGGCUGCUGGGCGCCGCCGCCUGCAGCAGUACACCAACACUGACGCAGACUGCACCACCCAGUCCACCAUUGGCGUGGGCGACAGCUGCGAGUCCAUUGCGGCCGUGUCGGGAGUGGAGGUGGCAGACCUGCUCGAGUGGAACCGCGGCAUGCGAUGCUCUUCCCUUACAAUCGGCUCGGUCCUCUGCACCAAGAAGGCAUCUGCGCUCGGAGGCAUCGACGUCUCCGGCCUGGUGGCAGCACCGCCCUCACCUCCCAGCCCGCCGUCACCUCCACCGCAGCCGCCCUCUCCACCACCUCGCCCUCCAGCACUUCCCGUGAACAUCACCUUCUAUGCUUCGGGCUACUACUGCAACUGCACAUCUGGCUUCGUGUCUGCCGAGGACCUGCAGACGUGCCUGCCACUUGCCAAUGUUGCGCUACGCCAGCCCACCUACGCCUCUUCCGUAAUGGGCGGCUCUCCGUCCUACCGCUUCGACUCACGCUGGGCCGUGGAUGGUAGUGUGAUCUCUACAGACCCGGACAUCAGUGGCUACUUCUCCAGCGGGCGCGGUGACCCUAGUCCCUUCCUCUCGAUUGACCUCGGUAGCUUCUACACCCUGUCACACGUGGUGCUUACGCUACGGUCCGGCUACAGCCACCGACUGUCGGGUGCAGCCAUCCGAGUGGGCUUCACGCCCAUCCGGGGUGCAGAGGACCGGGAGGACCUAGCACGAAACCCUGUGUGCUGGCAGCAACAGGGUAAUGCCACGUCGGACCGACUGCAAGCAGCGUGCGCCGCGUCCGGGCAGUGGGUGACCAUCAUCAACACCGGUGGCUUGUAUCUCCAGCUUGCGGAGGUUGAGGUGUUUUCGUUCAGGCAGCUGGAUGCCUGCCCCGAAGGCACUGUGCCUGCAGGUAAUGGCACGUGUGCCACAAACCCCUGCGGGGGCGCGCCCAACAACUGCACAAACAUCCCCGGUGGUGGCUAUGCGUGCAGCUGCGGUGCCAACUUCUCCAAGUCUAUUGUGCAGCCGCCCACGUGCGACUCUCUGACCCGUAAUGUUGCGCGCGGUCGCACGUUCUACACCUCCUCCAGCGCGGGUCGCUACGACCAGGGCUGGGUGGAAGAGUCAUGCCGCCAGCCCAGCUUGAUUUACUGGACAACUACAUUCGGGGUUUCCGCCGGCCUGACUGAUGGCAAGACUGAUGCUGGCUCAGUGACCGAGAUGUGGAUUCCAUCCGACUCUGACCGCGACGGGCCCUGGGCAUCCAUCGACCUCGGCACGCCGUUUGCAGUGAGCAAGGUGGUGCUGUACGUGGGCAGCAAGAACAUGCGCUGUGUGAACACGUACACCGGCUAUGGCAGCCUCAACGCCACAUACGGAGGGCUGGCCUACCUGCAGAACGCGGUUGUUCGUGUGGGCAUGCUGCCGGUGCUUUGGGGUGACAGCUUGAACAAAGAGUUCCCUGACCUGCGGGGGCUGGAGGGCAACCGUGUGUGCAGUGUGCAGCUGGAUGCCGUGCCCGCCGGCGCCCGUGUGGAGCUGAGCUGCAACUCGCCGGUGGUAGGCCGCUUCGUAUCCAUUCAGCAAAACACCUUUACCGGCAACGAGCUGCUGUCCCUCACGGAAGUCGAGGUGUACGGGCAGCCGGCGGUGCAAUGCUCCAAAGGCUACGUCACUAGCGCAGACGGCACUUCCUGUGUUGACGAGGAUGAGUGCGUCACGAGUGCGCCGUGCGGCCGCUUCCCCAACCAGUGCGUCAACCUCCCCGGCAACUACACGUGUGUGUGCGCCCCGGGCUGGGUGUACUACUCCCAGCCGUCCGGCCCUAUCUGCCUCGCCAUGGGCCAGGUGCCCUACCCCAAUGACGAGCACCAGAUCACCAGCUGGGGCGCGGACUUUGGGCCCAAGGGCAAGAUGGCCUUCGCCUCCAGCGUCUACACCAUGCCAAAGGAGGCCGCCUUCUUCAACGAUGGGGAUGGGUCUGCCUGGGCGUACGGACCGCAGCAGGCCUUUGAUGGCGCAUCCAACGGCGCCAGCUGGGCAUCAGCGUACGUGCAGUGGUCUGGCUACACGUUCCAGGACAGCUGGCGCUCGGCGGAGGACGACCGGCAGCCUUGGCUCAGCGUGUUCCUCACCAGGCCCUAUGUUGUCACACACGUCAAGGUGUACAACGUGCCCGGGCUGAUGGGCGAGUACCUGUCCAACGUUGAGGUUCGGGUGGGCACCGUGGGCGUCGGCAGCGUCAAUGUAACACGAUGGAUUGGCCAGAACGAGCUGUGCGGCACCAUCACAGCCGCAGCCGACCCCGGGGAGGUGGUCACCGUGGUGUGCAAGACGCCACUGGUUGGACGCUUCGUCUCCAUCCAAAAGGUGGCGCCCACAGUUCGCACUGCCUCAAGCUCUGCGGCAUUCAACGGGACCCUGUCACGCACACUGGUUGUGGCGGAGCUGGAGGUGUACGGCUACCGGGCGCCUCAGUGUCCGGCGGGCCACACCUUUGACGGAGUCAGCGCCUGCACCCCCACCAAGGCCCGCCCGAUCCGGUACCUGGACAUCCGCAGUUUGGAGCUCAGGCCCAGCGGCCACGUCUGGUUCCGUACCAAUGACAACGUUUGGACUGGCAACUCGCGCGAGUGGACUAAGAAUGAUAGGUAUGAUUGGGUCUACAACGACCCCUACUCGCCUGUGCCCGUGUGUGGCACAGCCUGGAACGACGUCACCGCAGCUGCCGUGUGCCGUGGAGCCGGGUUCUCCGGUGGCAAGGCCCGCUCGGUAGGGGCACCGAACGACCAAGCCUUUGGACGGGCAAUCUGGUACGCUGUUGACAACAUCACGUGUGCCAACGCCACCAUGCCAUAUGGGUUCUGCACCAGGAUCCCCGUGGACGGCUCCUGCACCACCUGGGCGGGCGUCAGCUGCAACAGCGACAAGCUGCCGGCCGGGCCUGAGACAUGGACUGAGCCACCCGAGCCUCAGUGCCCCAAGGGCUUCAACCGGCUGCCGGAUGGCUCCUGCCAGGACGAGGAUGAGUGCGCCUUUGUGCCCUGCGGUAGCGCCAACAACACGUGCACCAACCUGCAAGGCUCCUACAACUGCAGCUGUGGAGCAGGCUAUUUCUGGGUGGCGCAGGCCAGCGGCCCUAGCUGUGCAGCCAUAGCAGAGGUGCCGUACGCCAACAGCCGCCGGUACAUCACGUCGUGGGGCGCUGACUACGGCCUCUUUGGCAAGAUGGUCUUUGCCUCUAGCUCUGUCCAGUCCCCAGCUCUCGCCUUCAAUGGCAUCACAUAUGUUGGUUCGGGAAGUACCACAGCGUACACAGACUACUACCGCUCAGCAGCUGCCAACGACACGCAGCCAUGGCUCAGCGUCUUCUUCACCCGCAACUAUGUUGUUACGCAAGUCAGGAUCUACAACGUCCCUGGCGACCUGUCUGAUUACAUGUCGGAUCUGGAGGUCCGAGUUGGAACCGUAGGCAUGGGUAGUCUGAACGCGACUGGCCUGAUUGCCCAGAACGAGCUGUGUGGCACGGUCUUGGGGCCCGUGAGGAGCGGUGAAGUCGUGACUGUGACCUGCGCAAAGCCCCUGGUGGGGCGCUGGGCGACGCUGCAAAAGGUGGCGCCCACCCAGCGCAGUGCCGCCAGCAGUGGCGCCUUCAGCGACAACCUGGCAAACACUCUCGCAGUGGCGGAGUUUGAGGUGUAUGGGUUCCAGCCACCUGUGUGUCCCAUGGGGCAGACUUACGAUGGAGUCCGCGCCUGCACCCCCACCAAACCCCGCCCGAUCCGGUACCUUGACAUUCGUAGUCUGGAGCUCAGGCCUAGUGGCCACGUCUGGUUCCGGACCAACGACAACGUGUACACCGGCAACUCACGGGAAAUGACAAAGAAUGAUAGGUAUGACUGGCUGAGUAACGACCCCAACGCACCCAUCCCUGUGUGUGGUGCUGGCUGGACGGAUGUGGCAGCUGCUGCUGUGUGCCGUGGAGCCGGGUACACUGGUGGCACGGCAAGGAUCCUGGGCACUCCCACUGACGCCAAUUUUGGCACCUGGAUUUGGUAUGGAAUCAACAACGUCACAUGCGCUUCCUCUUCAACGGUAUACACAGAUUGCACUUUUAUUCCUGUUGAGGAUCCGAAGGGUGUUGACAUAUGUGGCAAGGUGUUUGCGGGUGUGAGUUGCACCUCUGCAACGGUUGGUUAGAGCAUGCGCGUGCGUGCACACUUCAUUAUCUUGCAGGCAUAUAUACUGGUAGGCAUUAUGUCUGCACACUGCACCGCUACGAUUGUCAUGAAUUGCUAAACAUCCACAUUUGGAUGGUUUGGAAGGUGUUGAGGACUAACUACCGGUAAACAGGCAAGAAACGGGGCCAAAUUAAUGCAGGCCCUUGGGCGAGAAAGAUUGGGCACUUCCGGGGGGCUGCAGACGGUCCCCAAUCUUGCAAUUUUACCCUUUCCGGGGGGGUUGGGGCCCCGCCCUGGAUGCCGUGGGCAAGAACGUGGUUAGGCACUUCUCGCCAGCGGCGGCGGCCCAACCCUGGAAGAUACACGCCUUGCCGGUGAAUGUGUGCAGCAGUGUGCAUGCUUGGAUUUGACCAUUUUUGAGAGCUGGAGAGCCUAGUUAGGUGUUAUGUGAUCGAGAGGUGAUGAUGUGAAGGGGCUAAGCGCCUGACGAGGGGAUUUGGUUGCUACUGUACGCCCCUUGCUGUAGCAGCUGGUCAGAAGCCCAUGGUCUUGCAGAGGACUCUCUCUGAUAGUC